CGCGCGCGCGCGUGCGCGGUCUGCUCUCCUCCUCCCCCGCUCCGGGCGGCCGGGCGCGGAGGGAUCCGGCGGCGCCGCAGUGCGGGGCGGGGCGGGGCGGGGCGCGCGCGGCGGCCGUUGAGGGACCGUUGGGGCGGCGGCGUCGGCGGCGGCGGCGCGCGCUGCGGGCAGUGUGAGUGUGGAGGCGCGGACGCGCGGCGGAGCUCGAGCUGCUGCAGCUGCUGCCGCCGCCACCAUCACCACCACCGCCACCGGAGGAAGCCUGAUCCCCACGCUCCGCACGCCCCGGGCUUCGCCAUGGCUGACCAGCUGACGGAGGAACAGAUUGCAGAGUUCAAGGAGGCGUUUUCCCUCUUCGAUAAGGAUGGAGACGGCACCAUCACCACCAAGGAGCUGGGGACUGUGAUGAGAUCCCUGGGGCAGAACCCCACUGAGGCUGAACUACAGGACAUGAUCAAUGAGGUGGACGCCGACGGAAAUGGGACCAUUGACUUCCCAGAGUUCCUGACCAUGAUGGCCAGAAAGAUGAAGGACACGGACAGUGAGGAGGAGAUCCGGGAGGCAUUCCGCGUGUUUGACAAGGACGGGAACGGCUACAUCAGUGCUGCCGAGCUGCGCCACGUGAUGACGAACCUUGGCGAGAAGCUGACGGACGAGGAGGUGGACGAGAUGAUCCGGGAGGCGGACAUCGAUGGGGACGGCCAGGUCAACUAUGAAGAGUUUGUACAGAUGAUGACCGCGAAGUGAAGGCCCGGGCAGCUGGUGAUGCCCGUUCUCUCGAUGUCUCUCUCGUUGCGCGCGCUCUCUUCACCACUCCCCUGCAUUCCCCAGUUCUAGCAAACACCGACUGACUGACUGAGAAUCUGAUAAAGCAACAAAAGAUUUGUCCCAAGCUGCAUGACUGCUCUUUGUCGCUCCUCCUCCCCCUCCCCUUACAUCCUGAUGUGUCCAGCCCCUGCCCCAGCCCGGGUGGCUCGCCUCUGUGUGUGUCCCUCUGUGUCCUGUUUGUCAUCUUAUUUUGGGGUGCUGGGGCAGCUGCCAGCCCUGUCCUGGGCCCAGGCGGAGGCGCAUGCCCAUGGCCGUUGCAUGCAGGCGGCCUGCCUGUGAGCUGCUGUGUAGAUCCCAGCAGCCGAGGGAGGUGUGGUAGGGUGGGCCAGGGGGGCUGUGGCCCUGGCUGCAUGGGGCAUUGUUUGACGACUCCAGGGGGCUGGCUCACGGGAGGCAGCCUGAGUGGAUGGCACCAUCCGAUUGGCUUUCUGAGUCGGGCCAGCCGCACGGGGCGCCAUGCCUUUGCUCCCUCGUGUGGCCUGGCCCGUGGUCCUGUAGCGCUCUCAGCUGUUCUGUGCAUACCUGGUGCUAACACCCCCAGGGCCUAGCCCCAGGAGCGGGUGUGGGAUGGUCAGUGUGUAAUGUGCUGGUGUUUCCCGCCCACCCCUCCUCUUCGCCCCCCAGACCCCUUUCUGCCACUUAAGAGCUUCCAUUUUGCCCACGUCCCUGGCGAGCUAGUUGAAGAGUGGGGAGAAGGGAGAUGAGCUGCAGCCCGCUCUCCGGAGGACAGACCUGCAAUAAAACCGCCUCAGCGCAGCCCCUGCUUCCCAGUCUGCCUGCCCCUCCGCCCCGGGGGUGGCUUGGCACCUCUUCCCCACGUUUGUGCUGUCUCGGCCGCCUCUGCCCUCGCCCCCGCCUGCCCCCACCCUGCCCUGCCCCAGUGGAGAGCAUGCUCCGUGCCCUUGCUUCUGCCUUGCGCCUCUGGGACAGGGAAGUCCGUGUGGGCAGUGCGAUGGUCCCGGUGCCUCCCCCCCAUCUGUCCCUCUCAUCUGGCUCCCCUCUCCCCAUUCACACACCCGCCCACACACAACACACACAGCCCAGGUGGAUGGAGGCGCUUUUCCUGGCACCUGCCCAGCUUGGAGACUUCUCACCCGCCCUCUAGCCCCCAGCCUCAGCAGGAGGAGGGGAAGGAGGGACAGGGAGACCCCCACCAGCCAUGGAGGGGAGGGCAGGCAGGCAGGAGGCUGUGGACUUUUUCGGAAUGUUUUGUUUUUGUUUUUUAAACCGGGCAAUAUCGUGUUCAGUUCAAGCUGUGAAGAAAAAUAUAUAUCAAUGUUUUCCAAUAAAAUACAGUGACUACCUGA